GCCAGUGAGGUAGGGAGAAAAGCAGAGGAAUGUGAUGUUCUGAAAGACAAGUGAUACAAUUAUCCAAAAAGAGGGAGUGGUCAAAAAGGGAGUCAGAUGCCGUCAGAUGACCCCUGUUGCAUUUGGGAAGAGAACUUUAGUGUUGCGGUUGGAAGAAGUUGAGUUUGGAAGCCUGGUUGGACAGGGCUCACAAGAAUAAGAAUCGAAGACAUAAACGUAGUGAGUACAGUCAUCCUAUCAUGACUGACUCAGCAAGUGAAGUAUCUGUCAAUCUAGACACUCUGGAGGUCAGCGAUGAGGGAAAGAAGAAAUCCAAAUUUAAAGCCUUCAAGAGCUUUUUUAUCAAGAAGAAGAAAAAAGAGUCUGAAGAGCCUCAGGACCCGAGGUUGUUAAAGUCAAGUUUGUCCAGCAGCAGUAUCAACAUCUCUGUUCUGGAACUAUGCCUGGAAGAUGAACUAACUGACCCUAGGAGUAAGAGCAGCAUGGGAAGCAAAUCCCUGUCCCAUGACAGCAUCUUCAUGUUCAACACUGAGUCUGAAUCAGCAAGUGAAAUGUUUCUUACAGAGUUCCAGGGAAGAAAAACUCUGCGGAGAUCUCAGGCUUUCAGAACUCUGCCUAGAACUGGACCUUCAUCUAGAUCUAUGAUUGGGUUUGUGCCCAGAAGUGGAAUCUGGGUUGCAGGUUCCAAGAUCAGUGAGAUCCCACCACUGCGUCCACGCCAACCCAGCCUCAGCCCACCUCUUAUCCGAGCUGAAGAAAUUUCUAAGGACAUUGAAAACAUGUCUAUUGAUGAUAAUCUACCUAAAAGCCCACAAACUAACACUUCAUCACAAAUGAUCUUGACAGCAAAGAAGAGUUUCUCUGAACCAUCAUCUGGACCCGAUCACUCACAGUCUUCAACUGCAUGUGCCCUUCUCAGUAGUGCCCAGCAGCUGGCUGCUUUCAGCAAUCCAGAUAUCAGCCAGAGCUGUUUGGAUUCUUCAGCUGCUCAACCCAAGAUGGCUUUAAAACUCUGGAAACAACAAAAGAAAAGUCUUGAAGAAACUGUGGAAUCCAAGGAAGAGGAGCCAAACCUUCCAGUGGCUUGUGAAGGAGAAGAGAGUCCAACCAAAGCUAAAGAAACUGACCUAAAGAAGGUGAAAAUAGAAAAUACAGAAUACUCAGACCAGGAACAGAGCAACAAUGCUGAAAUUCAUAAUCAAAACACAACAGAUAAGACUAAAAACCUAGCGUCAACUGCAUAUAGCAAAAGUCAUAAAACAACAGGAAUGUGUGUUUCAUUGAUAAAUGAAUAUGGAUCCAAAGGAAGAAGCUUGUUACAGUCUGGUAAAAUGCAAAGCCCAAGCAUCAGAGGCAUGUCUUUAUCUACCAGUCAGACUUCCAGAAAUCCUUCUUCCUGGCACCUGCUCUCAGAGAAGCAAGUGGUAGAGCAGCUGGCAGUUUCACAAGCAGAAAUCACUACCCCUCUGGAGAUGCUUUCAGAUGAAAGUGACAUGACAAGGAGAGAUGCUGGUGUAGAUUUUGAAGGGAAAAAAGCAUCAGUACCACAACUCAUACCUGAGGACAUACAGGAGUCUCUGGUUAGUGGUCCUCAGCUAUACCAUGAAGAUGGAGCUACUGUGGCAAAUAAGACAGAAUCUGUAACUCCUUUGACAAUAGUGGGAAGACCUUGUAUAACCCCAAAAGAUGGUGUACUUUCAGUGACCACAGAAGUUCAGGUGUUCAGGGAUCCUUCUCCUAACCAGUCAGAAGAGGAAGAAGCUUCUCCAAGCCUUGGUUUGCAAAAUGCCCAGUCUGAAACAGAGAAUAUCCCAACUGUGUGCAAAGAAGAACCUCUAGGAAAUGUUCUCCAGGCCUGCAUAGUGAGGGUUUCAGAUAUGACAAAUAUCAUAACAGAGGAGGGAGGCAUUUCUAUGGAGAAUCCUGAAACUGCAAACGUCUCCCCAGAUUCAGAUUCAAAGAGUAUGUUAGAGAAAGAGAGUGAUUCUGAGAAGCAGCCGGCCAAACCUAAUGACAAACAAAAAGUCUUCCAAAGAUCUGAGAAUUUAGUUGUGAAUCUGAGCAGUGUGGAACAGCAGCUGGCUCUUGGAGAUUCUUCCCAGCCUGAAGCUGAAAAAGACUCUUCAGAAUCAGAGAGCGCCUCUGACAGGGAGAGUGGUUCACAGGAAGUGGAUCCUGCUCACUCCUCACAGUCCUCGGGGAAGGAUGAAGGAAUCCUCUCAGAAUCAAGAAGUUUUGUUGUGGAGCAGUUGGCUCCCAGAUGUCCUUCCGAAGCAGUACUGGAGUCCAAGGAUAAAGAAAUCUCUACAGAAUCAAAUAGUUCUGUUGAAAAGUACAAUGCCGAGGACUGGCACAGCUCAGGGAAUGCUCUAACUCUCAGCUGCCGUAACCAGGCCUUGGAAAAACCUGCAGACCAGCCAGAAGAGCUCUCAGAUCCAGAGAAUACUUUGAAAAAGCAAGAGCCUUCCAAAUGCCUUACUCCGUCGGUCAUGACGCCUGUUGUUCAGCAACAUAUCUCCUACAGUUCAAUGAGUGUUUGUGCAGCACAGCGUGGCUCUGUGGAUCCAGUGACUCCCAGCCGCCUUUUCCAGCCAUGGGUAAAUUCUAAAUUUGUGCGUUUGUUUUCUGCAAAUCAAGAGAGCACCAUGGAGUGGGGCAGUUUUGUGGAACCACUGUCUCACAGAAUGACUUCAAACUACCUGAUGAAUCCUAAAACUGAGCAAAAAUCCUCUUCAGCUCCAAUAAUUACAUCUAUGAAUGAAAUUUCCUUGGAAGUGUUGCCUCCCAGAUAUUCUCAGUCCCUGACAAGAGCAGUAGAUGAGCAAGAAGCCUCUGCAUAUCCUGAGAGUACUCCUAACGAGCGGCAGAUUUGUGCGGCCCUAAGGAAUCCUUCACUCCCUUUCCAGCAAUGGUUGAACCCUCAAAGAGAACAAGUUUUCUCUUCCCUAGAGAGCCCAGCUAUGGAAGAAGGGAGAGUUUUUGUGGAUGCACUGCUUCCUGGACAUUCUUCUCAGCCCUUGAUGAAUCCUAUAGUCCAACAAAGCACGUCAUUAGGUUCAGAGAGCGUUGCUGCUGAAGUCAUUUCUGUGGAGCCACAAUACAGCAGACAUUUUUGCCCAAAUCCUCAAAUCCAACCAACCUACUCAAGAAGCACUGCUGUCGAACAGGACAGUUUUGUGGAACAGCUGCCACGUGAAAGCAAUUUUCACCCUUCGACGAAACCCAAAUUCCAGCCACAGACGAGCCUCAACUCAGCGAGCUCUUCUGCACAAUGGUGCGGUGCUGUGGAGCCAGCACCUGCUAAGCACACCUGCAAGGUUUGGCUGUGCCCCGAUUGUAAGCAACAAGCUCCUGUAAGUCUGAACAGCACUGAGGAUGAGUGGGACAUUUCUAAGAAGUCAGAGUCUCACAGACACGUUGUGCAGCCGUGGCUGAAACCUACACUUGAGCAAGCCUCCUCAGGCCCAGAGAAUGCUGCUGUUGACUGGAGCGUUUCUAUGGGUCCACAGCCUCCCAGACUGCCUUCUCAGUCCCUGAGAAGGUCAGCAGUCAAGCAACCAGUCUCUACAGGAUCAGUGAGCACUUCUAGAGAGUGGGGCAGUAAUCUGGAGCAAAUGCCUCCUAGAAAGCCUUUCCAGCCAUGGAUGAGCUCUCCACCUGAGCAACAAGUCUCUGUAGGUCUGGGGAGCUCUACAACUGAGGGGAAUGUUCCUAUGGACUCAGAGCCUUCUACAUACAAUUCUCAGCCUGUGACAAGACCAAAAACCAAGCAAAGAAUCUCAGAUUCAAUGAGUGCAUCUGAAGAAUGGACUACUCCUAUGGGUGCAUUCUCAUCCAGACACUCGUUCCAGCCAUGGAUGACUCCUAAAGUGCAGCAACAAGUUUCUGCAGGCCCAGAAAGUGUUGCCCCCGAAAGAGACAUUCAUAAGGAGCUUCCCAGACGUCCUUUCCAGACUGCUAGCGGACAAAAAUUACAGAAACUGUCCUCAAGGUUUGAGAGUGCUACUGUGGGGGGAGGCAAUUCUGAGAUAUCACUGUCUCCCAAAAAUUCCACCUAUUUUUCAGUGAAGUCUAAAGUUCAGGAAAUACCCUCAACCGUAGGGAAUGCUCCUGCUGAAGAAAGCAAUUCUAAGAAAUUUCUCCUUCCCAACAGUUCUUCUCCCUCAUUUGUGAAGUUCAUGGCACAGCAAGUCUUUGCAGAAAACCCGGAUACUUACAGGGAAAUUUCUAUGGAUCCUUUGUCUCCAGAUUUUCCUUCCAAAUCUUGUCUGGGCCCUAAAAUUAAGCACCAAGUUUUCUCAGAUUGGGAGAAUGCUGAUACUGAGGAAAGCAUUUCGCUGAAGCCUGCUUUAAAGUCCACAGGGAAGCCUGCAGACCCACAAGGAGAUCAGUCAUUUUCAGAGGGGGCUGCUAAGAAAUGGAGUCAUUCUAAAUGGCAACUACCUCCCAGGAAAGCCUGCAAGAAGGUUAAGUACAAGCAAGAAGUCUCAUUUCUUGACAACUCUCCUGAAGAGCGGAGGAGUUCUGAAAGGCAGCGGCCUUCCAGACACCUUCCCAAAACCUUGCAUGGGUCUGAAUUCCUGCCACCAGCAGGCGUGGUGAAUGUCCAUGCAGGGUGGAGCACUGCUAAGGAGCACCCAACUCAUCAUUCGCAAGCUUUUGGAAAUGGUGAAUAUCAGCAACAGGUUUAUUCAAGUUCCAUAAAUGCUGCUGCUGAGGGAAGCAUUUUUGAGAACAAUCCCGGAGCCUGGCCCCUAACAAAACGCCAGGUUACUCCAAAGAAAAACAGGAAACACAACAAAGGAUUUGAAGACUUCAAUAAGAGCAUCCCAACCUCAGCAGUUAAGCUGGGGAAGAUUACCACUGCUUCUACUUGGAAUGUGCCCAUUUCUGAAGAUACUUACUAUACGGAGGAAAUAUUUCAGAGUGGUGAUAGAAACAAUGAUGGUCAUUUAUACUUACCUGCCCAAGAAGGUCAUACUGAAAAUCUUUCUGGAGUUGACCUGAAAAGAAUGUCUUCUCUACGCAGGCGUAAGAAUGAGAAACCAGGUAACUUCACCCAGGUUUUUUCAGUGCCCUUGGGACCAAUGUCAUACAGAGAACAGCAAAUUAAAAGAGGUACUUCCCAGGGAUUGCCAAACACCUCAGACAGCUUCACCAUGCCAUCUACUUUUGGGGAGAAGCAUCAGAACAAGGCUAAAUAUGAAGGCAUGCCCAAGAAGCAGCCAAACUACAGGACCCUAGGAAAAUCUGGUCAGCAAUCAGAUUGUUACAUCUCAGAUCCAGCGUGGUUUACUAUGGCAAGACAGAAACAAAGGGGCUCCGAGGUCAACAUUCCUGCGAAAGAGACCAAAACCAGGAGCAGAGCUGGAGCCAAAACUGAUACCAAGGAGCCUAGAUAUGGGACAAGACCUGAGGCCACCCAGAAAACACCCCAAAAGGGAACUGACUCUGCAAAUGAAAAUCAACCAAAAAAGAUUCUCACAUCCAGUAUCCACGGACAGGGGAAGGAACAGACAAAGUCCUCUAUGCCUACCAAAUCAGUUCCAGUUGUAUUUGCAGAUCAGAAGAUGCGUAACACAUCUGCCACGGGAAAAGAAAUGAAAAGAUCUUUAAGCCUUCCGUCUGGGCUCCAACGCUCUGAUGAGCUGGUUAAGUCAGAUGAAGCCGCUGAGCCUGUCUGGUUCUCCAUUGCCAAGAAGAAAGCCAAAGCAUGGAGCCGCAUCGCAGGGGUCAUGCACUAAAUAGCUCCUAGGUGCAGUAGCACCAACAUUUUAAAUGAUAAUUGCUGAUAGCUAUAGUAAUUCUACGCAAUGAUUACAUUAAGCAGAAGAGUUUUAUAGAUGAGAACUAAAACUUUUAAUUAUUUGAGUGAAAUAAAUACUAUUAAUGCUUAACUUUCAAUAUAGUCACUGCCAGCAUCCAGAGAGCUACCAUUUUCUUUAGAAAAACUGUAGAAAUAUUUGCACUACUGUAGAACUUUGAAAUAUUUUAACUUUAGACAAUGUGCCUCCUACCAGGCAGAACAUUUUUUGAAGAUUAUUGUACUCACCUGGAUGAUUAGUCUAUCAGUGCCCUUUGUCCCAACGCCACUGGGACCCUCUCCAGUUUCUCAGAAAGGUAAACAUGCCUCCAAACAUACAUAUCCUGCUGUGGCACUCCAUCCACCAGGAAGAGGGAAACCCAAAGGUCAGAGAGGGGGAGGAAACGUCAGGAUGAGAAGGCUGGCUUUAUAAGGGGGGGGUGAUAACUGAGCACAGUUUGAUUCUUCCUGCCCCAUCCUGCCACAGUCUUUUUCUUGGUGGCACAGCUCCACUAAAAACUCCCAGAGCGAGAACGAAAGACGAGGGUCUCUUUUACCUCCAGAAUCUGUUCCUCAACUGGUUUGAAUUCCAAGGUGCACACCCUGUAGUGGCACAUCCAGCCUCUCUGGAAGUUAGAUAAACCUUCCUUUCAUGUGCUUCCCUUUAUUGCACCCCAAGUCCACCAAGCACUAAGGGAGCGCUCCCUUUAGACACAUGGGCAGCAAACCUAGCUCACGUCCCUAGCACAGAAGUGAUUUCUUAGGAUAGGUAUCACCCUGUUGGCCUGUCACUUUGGGGCUACUUUGUUUAAACAAAAGUUCGGGCUUGCCUUUGUAAUUGUGCCUGUGCAUUUUGAGUAGGAUACUAUCCAGUGCAAAAAAAGUAUAGGGAGACAGUGAGAUCUCAGAAUUAACUUUGGUUUCUGCUGCUGAUGGUAUAAUAUGACACUGUACAACCAAAUGUGAGAUUUUGCAUUUUCUCUAUGAAACAUCUAUUUUCCUGAUAUUGUAUCUUUAUGUUUUUGAAUAACUGGAUUUUAUUCCCUUUAUAUUUCUAUAGUGAAUAGUUCAUUUAUAUAGAUUUUCUUUACUCAUAUAUCAUGAUACUUUCUUAG